CAAGAGCAUUUGGACCACAUGAUUAAAGUGCUUGGCAGGCUGCCAGAAAAUGGAGAUGAAGUUUCUGACAUGCACAAGGGGCUGGGGGGACAUAGAUUUUCACAACAUGGAUUCACAAUGCGAGUCUGCGACGGAAACUUUGCAUACCAUCAUGCGUGGAAGUAAAGAAUUGAUAGAGUUGCUUGGACCAGCAAUGAACAAGCUUAGCAUGAUCACAUCUGCUGGAGUGAAAGAGACAUACAGUGUGCUGCAUGCAGGUUAUGUGCCAGUAGCAGAAAGAAGAGUUUUUGCAAAAGAUGGACAGGGAGGGAUAAAAAUCGAAGGAAGCAGUAGCAGAGAGCAGGCGUUUACAGCCAUGCUACCUCAAGCACCUGCAAAAAGAGGAAAAGAAGCAUUAAACCAAAGCCGCAAGAGGCUACUAUACAGUGGAAGAAACGUAAUGCUUUAUACAGAUGGCUCCACAAAGGCCCGGUGGUGUGGGGGAAAUGACAAGGGUAUGGGUUCAACAUGA